GGGGUCCCGGCUCGCGGCCGGUCCCUCCGCGGCCCGGAGCGCGCGGAGCUGGGAACGGCUUGGCCAUGGCCGUGAGGAGGGACUCCGUGUGGAAGUACUGCUGGGGAGUUUUGAUGGUUUUAUGCAGAACUGCCAUGUCCAGAUCGAUAGUUUUAGAGCCUAUCUAUUGGAAUUCCUCCAACUCCAAAUUUCUACCUGGACAAGGACUGGUACUAUACCCACAGAUAGGAGACAAAUUGGACAUUAUUUGCCCCAAAGUGGACUCUAAAACUGUUGGCCAGUAUGAAUAUUAUAAAGUUUACAUGGUUGAUAAAGACCAGGCAGACAGAUGCACUAUUAAGAAGGAAAACACCCCUCUCCUCAACUGUGCCAGACCAGACCAAGAUGUAAAAUUCACGAUCAAGUUUCAAGAAUUCAGUCCUAAUCUCUGGGGUCUAGAAUUUCAGAAGAACAAAGAUUAUUAUAUUAUAUCUACAUCAAAUGGGUCUUUGGAGGGCCUGGAUAACCAGGAGGGAGGGGUGUGCCAGACAAGAGCCAUGAAGAUCCUCAUGAAAGUUGGACAAGAUGCGAGUUCCGCUGGAUCAACCAGGAAAAAUGAUGCAACAAGGCGUCCAGAACUAGAAGCUGGUACAAAUGGAAGAAGUUCAACGACAAGUCCCUUUGUAAAACCAAAUCCAGGUUCUAGCACCGACGGCAGCAGCGCCGGGCAUUCGGGGAACAACAUCCUCGGUUCCGAAGUGGCCUUAUUCGCAGGGAUUGCUUCAGGAUGCAUCAUCUUCAUUGUCAUCAUCAUCACGCUGGUGGUGCUCCUGCUCAAGUACCGCAGGAGACACCGCAAGCACUCGCCGCAGCACACGACCACGCUGUCGCUGAGCACGCUGGCCACGCCCAAGCGCGGCGGCAACAACAACGGCUCCGAGCCCAGUGACAUUAUCAUCCCCUUAAGGACCGCGGACAGCGUCUUCUGCCCCCACUACGAGAAGGUCAGCGGGGAUUACGGGCACCCGGUGUACAUAGUGCAGGAGAUGCCCCCGCAGAGUCCCGCGAACAUUUACUACAAGGUCUGAGGAGAGCCUGGCGGUACCUUCACGUUCCCAGAGGAGACGGACUGUCCCCGUGCCUCCCGGGGAGGGGCCAGGAGCCCGUGUGCUGCCGAUUGACUGAAGCACAGCCCCCGAGGAGAGGGGACACUCCUUCCCGCAGAGCCCUGCUGAGCUGGACAGCUGACCCGGCCUGCAGCAUUUCAGCCUGGGUGGGCACAGAUGGUCACUGAAGCUGGGGACUGUGUGUAGGGGAUACCAUUGGGACUGCUGGGACAUUAGGCGUCUCAUUCCGAAGCCACGUGCUGCCCUAACUCAGGCCGCGUGAGUCUGGGAAGACAGUGGUUUGUGGCCGCGGGGGCAGUGAGCUCCCUGGGAAAGUGCCCUGGCCACCCCAGGCUGCCACGCUUGCAAGGCCGGCUCUGCCUCGGGCGUGUCCCCCCGAGGUGCCUCCUGGACUUGUUACACGGACCUCGGGCUCCGUAAGGUUUUCAGAUCUCUCUAGCAUUUAGUCCUCACUGUGGCACUCCUGUCUGCAGCACCUCACCUGAGAUUUCCUCCACUCCACAUUGUGCAUCACGAAUGAACACUGAGGCCUGGAGUCCCCUGCUCCAGCGUUUGUGACCACAGCUUCAGCUGAGCGGGUGACCCAUUUCUAGAAAUCAUUUUUGCUGAUAAGGUGCCCUCCAGCCAGAUGCUAGGCUGUCAGCCCAGGGAAACUAGGAGCUGGGGGGCGGGGAAAGGGCUGGCUGCAGAAGCAGGUCAAUGCAGCUGCCUCUGCAAUGGAAAGUUGGGCAGGAAAAAGACGUAAAACAUCAGGUAGCACAGCACUUUGGUCUUGCUGAGAUUGAAGAGGCAAGUAGGAGACACGGUAACACACACAGUGGAUCAUGGUGCAUUGGGAGGAAUUCACUGUUAUCUAAUAGCAAUGUGCAGGAAAAAAAAAUUCCCUCUUCGUCCGGUAGAACAAAGUGGGUAUUGUUGGUAAAGGAACGGGCUGGGAGAGAAGGGAGAAAGUAGGCCGCUGAUGAUCUAUUCGGGCAGGACUGUUGUGGUACUGGCAAUAAGAUCUACAGCUCGAAGCUGUAGGAGAGUCGGUCUGCUUUGGAUGAUUUUUUAAGCAGACUCAGCUGCUAUACUUAUCACAUUUUAUUAAACACAGGGAAAGCAUUUAGGAGAAUAGCAGAGAGCCAAAUCUGACCUAGAAGUUUAAAAGCCAGAGGUCAAACAGGCUGUAAUUCCAUCAUCAUUGACGUGAUUAAAGACUUCUCAUAUAUAAAAGGUAGGUCAGAUUCCCCGUCUCCCCACAGAGGCCCCCUUCCCCGCCCCUCCUCCCCAGUCGAGCCUUAUGACACUUUGGUUGAUAGCGGUGCUGUCCGGGCGGUGAGGGCUGCAGGGCCGCUACUGCCGGAGCCACGGCACCCCGUGCCCUGUGUCCAGGUAAAGCACAUAUGGCGAACCUCUUAGAGUCCUUAAGACAGAAGUAAAUUAUGAUGUCGAGGGGCAGAAGGAAAAUAGCAUGUAUUUAUAAUAGGUAUAUAGAACACAAGGGAUAUAAAAUGAAAGAUUUUUACUAAUAUAUAUUUUAAGAUUGCACACAGUACACACCAGAAGAUGUGAAAUUCAUUUGUGGCAAUUAAGUGGUCCCAACGCUCAGUGCUUUAAAAAAAUAAAAAUUGGACAGCUACUUCUGGGAAAAACAACAUUACUCCAAAAAUAACAAUAAUGAGAGCAAAUAGAAAAAUAAGGGAGCCCUCUGAAGGCAUCUCACGGAAUCGUAGACUAGGAGACACAAGCCCCAACACCAGGAGAUCAGUGCUGCUGCAUCCUGUACUUAGCAACGACGAGAUGUUCUGGCAUUUCUUUUCUGUGUCGGGGUCUCCCUUACCUUACGGCUGAAGUGUUUGCUAGCAGCCAGCAGGUCACACGGGGGCUGCAGUUGAAAGUUUCCUCUGGCUUCCUCCUCCUCUCCUUCCCCCACCCCGUCCCUUCUGGGAAACAAGAAGAAUAAACAGGAAACCUACUUUUUAUGUGCUAUGCAAAAUAGACAUCUUUAACAUAGUCCUAUUACUAUGGUAACACUUUGCUUUCUGAAUUGGAAGAAAAAAAAAAUGUAGCAACAGCAUUUGAACGUUCUCAAACCUCCAGUGAGUACCUGCAAAAAUGAGUUGUCACAGAAAUUAUUAUUCCCUAUUUCCUGAACCUGAAAAUGAUGUUGGUCCAAAGUGCGUGUGUGUAUGUAUGAGUGGGUGUGUGGUAUCCAUGUGUACAUAUAUGUAUAAUAUAUAUCUACAAUAUAUAUUAUAUAUAUCUAUAUCAUAUUUCUGUGGAGGGUUGCUGUGGUGACCAGCCACAGUACAUAUGUAAUUCUUUCCAUCACCCCAACCUCUCCUUUAUGUGCAUUCAUGCAAGAUUUUCUUGUAAGCCAUCGAAAGUUACUUUUAGAAUGGGGGAGAGGGGCGCGAGGGGGAAAAAUGGGAAAUAGUCUGAUUUUAAUGAAAUUCAAUGUCCGUGUCAUUGGUUGGCUACAUUUUGGUCAUAUGCUAAACUGUGAAAAAUCAGAUGAACUGAUGAAGAGUUACCUGCAACCAAUUGAAAAUUGUUCUGUGUGUCUGUCUUGUGUCUGGUGCAGAAGAUGACAAUCUACCAACUGUCCCUUCAUUUGAAGUUGGUUCAGCUUUGGAAAGUUACUGUAAAUGCCUUGCUUGUAUUAUCAUCCCUAGUCACCUGACUUUGGAAUUUGCACCAUCAUGUUUAAGUGAAGAUGCUGUAAAUAGGUUCAGAUUUUACUGUAUAUGGAUUUGGGGUGUUACAGUAGCCUUAUUCACCUUUUUAAUAAAAAAUACACAUGAAAACAAGACAGAAAUGGCUUUUCUUACCUAGAUUGUGUACAUAGAGCAAUGUUGGUUUUUUACAAAGUCUAAGCAAGAUGUUUUGUAUAAAAUCUGAAUUUUGCAAUGUAUUUAGCUACAGCUUGUUUAACGGCAGUGUCAUUCCCCUUUGCACUGUAAUGAGGAAAAAAAUGGUAUAAAAGGUUGCCAAAUUGCUGCAUAUUUGUGCCGUAAUUAUGUACCAUGAAUAUUUAUUUAAAAUUUCGUUGUCCAAUUUGUAAGUAACACAGUAUUAUGCUUGAGUUAUAAAUAUUUUUUUUCUUUCUUUGUUUUAUUUGAAUAGCCUGUCAUAGGUUUUAAAUCUGCUUUAGUUCCACAUUGCAGUUAGCCCCCAGAAAAUGAAAUCCGUGAAGUCACAUUCCACGUCUGUU